AUGAAUGUAUGCGAAUGGUAUCAACGUAAUAAAGCCAAAAGAGAAUUAAAAAGAGAAUAUGAAAAAGAAAAAAAGAGAGAGAAGGAGAGAAAGCGUGCCGAAAUUGAGAGGGAUAUGUUGAGGGAGCUCAUUUAUAUAGAGGAAGCGAAAAAGAAAAAUCAAUAUAUACCUCCAGAAACGACACCUCCCGAGAAGAUUGUUAUAAAAAAGACUAAACCAAAAAAGAUUAAAGUAAAAGAGAUAAAAGUAAAAGAGAUUAAACCAAAAGAGAUUAAACCAAAAAAGGUUAAACCAAAAAAGACAGCUCAAAUAAAGACUACUCCUAAAAAGACUGAACCAAUAAAGACUGCUCCAAUAUAUGUUAAAGAAACUUCCGCGUACGUCAAACCAAAGGCACGUUCGAAAUAUGUGACAAUUAAAACAAAAAGGUAA